AUGGCAUCCUCCUCCGUUGCGGUCGCGGCUGCUCUGAUCCUCGUCUCCCAUGCCUAUGGCUGCUACGCCAAGCACCACGCGUUUCCUGCUGUGGCCAAUUCCAGCUGGCUUGACGCCAAGGCGACAUGGUACGGAGCGCCCCAUGGUGCCGGUCCCGACGACAACGGCGGCGCGUGCGGGUUCAAGAACGUCAACUUGCCACCCUUCUCCUCCAUGACCUCCUGCGGCAACCAGCCGCUCUUCAAGGACGGCAAGGGUUGCGGCUCCUGCUACCAGAUAAGGUGCUUAAAGUCAGACCACCCUGCGUGCUCCGGUGUGCCGAAGACGGUGAUCAUCACGGACAUGAACUACUACCCUGUCUCCCGGUACCACUUCGACCUCAGUGGCACCGCCUUCGGAGCCAUGGCCAAGGACGGCCGCAACGACGAGCUCCGCCACGCCGGCAUGAUCAACAUGCAGUUCAAGAGGGUGCCGUGCCAUUACCCGGGACUGACGGUGACGUUCCAUGUGGAGGAGGGGUCGAACCUGUUCUACAUGGCAAUCCUGGUGGAGUACGAGGACGGCGAUGGCGAUGUGAGGCAGCUGGACAUCAUGGAGUCGCGACCGGGCGCUGUUAGUGGCGGCAAGAUGGCUCCAACGGGGCAGUGGGUGCCCAUGAAGGAGUCAUGGGGAUCCAUCUGGAGGAUGGAUGCCCACCACCCCAUGCAGGGGCCAUUCUCGUUGCGCGUCACCAACGAGUCCGGGAAGACACUCGUCGCCGAACAGGUUAUCCCCAUCGAUUGGAAGCCCAACAAAACCUACAGCUCCCUCGUCCAGUUUCAUUAAUUGAUUGAUCGGCCAGAUAUGCCCAUAUAUAUAUAUAUAUGGAAGUAAUGAAAAGGGGAGCACCCUGAUUUGUCGAAGAAAAAAUAAAUAUGGUACAUGUGUGCGUGCCUAUGUAGCAGGCUGAGACGUCGCCUGUGAUGUCUGGUUGCAUGUGUGUUCGUCCAUCCUCAGCUUAAUAUAUCUAUCUAUAUCAAUAUCAAUAAAUGUUAUA